CCAUCGAAGAAAUACGUCAGGCGUUGAAAGGAAGUGCAAUUGCGGACGCAUAUAACGUUGCCACUUACGUUGUUGCCAGUUAUAAAUAUCUACGGAUUGUUUAGUGCACAUUCGCUUCGAAAUUCUAUACUUUUCUUCACACAGAAUACAAAACUGUAAUUUGGGCUGGACAACAUGGCGCAGUUGGUAUCCAUUAUGGAGGUUUUGGCUAAAGCAGCUGUAGCAGAAAUUAACAAACGGGUUGAUGAUAGCUGUGCAGUUAUACGUUUGGAAAUUACCCAAAGCCAGCGAGAUAUUGAUGUACUGAAAAGGAAAUGUCAAAUGAUGGAGAGCGAGCUGAAGAAGACACGAGGACAAUUCAGGAAAAAAGUUCUUUACCCCAUGGCAUCAGAGAGAUCUUCAUAUCCAGUCAAGAUUGUUUUGAACAAGCAGAAGAGUAAAUCACAGUGGAGAGAUGGAGAGAUGGCUGUUGAAGAGGACUCUCAACCCCAGCCUACAGAUGUGGAGCAGAGAGCAGAGACUGAACCCAUACUGAUCAAAGAUGAGGAGACAGCAGAGGAUGUAUGGAAGACUGACCCUCAGGAUGAGCUCAGGAUCACUGGAGAGGAGUCUGGUUCCAAGCCUGGGCAACCACCAUCCUUUGAGCAACGGCACUUUGAGGACUUCAUCCCACAACCCAACAUAUCUCCUGAAGACUCGGUGGAACAUUCCCCCAAUUCUGAUGGUCCAGAGGAACCAGACACACCCCGGCUCGCGUCUACAGAGGUGUGUAGCACAGAGCAGCACCAGCCAGCCGAGGAUGAGGACUCACAAGAGCUAGUGAUGGUGAAGGAUGAGAAAAAGGAGGAGCUGGAUCAGACCACAGCCCUGGCAGGACCUGACCAGUUUGUCAUGGAUGAGACUGAUGGGCAGCUGUGGACCUCUGUGGAUCCAGGCAGAGACACUGACCCUGAUAGCCACCCAGAUUUCUCCUUUCAUGCCAUAGAGGAGUACUCUCAGAAUAUCUCAAUUUUUCCAUCUCAUAGUGGGCUUCCAUCCCUUCCUACUAUGACAGAUGAUGGAGGGCCAUCACUUCACUCUAUAGGGAAACCACAUGCUGACAUGCUCAGUGCAGCAGCACACAUGAAAAGACAUGUCAGGACAUUGGCUGAUGAGACUAGACAACAGAUGCCAGAAGGACAGAGCAGCGAGACACUGAGCUCAAAUAAUGACGGAAAUAGUUUAGAUCUACAGCCAAGGCAGCAUCAGCACAGGGCUUCAGAAUCAACAGUGAGAAUGAGUGAGUGCAUGACAGGGUCAAACAUGGCCACCACCUCCACCUUCUCUGGAUACAGCCUGAGUCGCAGUAGUUUUAACAUGGUGAAGAGAAUGAGGACUCAGUGGAGGUCGGGCGGCACCACCGGAGAGAAACCGUACACCUGCGAACAGUGUGGCAGGAGUUUCCCCAAGCAGUACAACCUGAUCAGACAUGCUGUGGUCCACAGCGGGGAGAAGCCCUACAAGUGCACACAGUGUGGGAAAUGCUUCACCCAGCGCUCCAGUAUGACGUCACAUCAGAGAACUCACAUAGGAGAGCGUCCGGUGUCUCAAUAUGGGGUACCCGCAUACCCUGGGGAUCCACACACAAGUUUAAUGUUGUCUCAGACGAGAUGGAACAAAUAAAACAUAGCAUAGCUUGUCUAACACUUUCUGUGAAAAUGUGGUACAGCAGGUGUUUUGAGACACUUUGACACGCUUUUCCUCCUAAUUGAUUUGUGAAAUGGUUUUCAUGUUUGACUGACAGCUCCACAGUUUCAUUUGAACAGCCUAUUUACAACUUAAUCAGUCAAAUGUUAUUUAACAAAUGUAUUUCUAGAAAUAGUCGAUCCUGCGCAUUUAGAUAAAGAAAACAUAUAGUAGCCAUUUAGUAUGUGUUGUCUAGUUUGUGUUUGUCUAUCUGGAACAAUUUCUUGCUACAAGGGACAGUCUCGUAUCAAGUCAGGUUAAUAACUAAACUUUAUUUCUUGAAUUAUAUUUUUUGAACGUUAUUGCAAGGUGAUAAAAUGUUUCAGUUUAACAGCGUACAUGUUACAUGUACAGUGCCUUCAGAAAGUAUUCAUACCCCUUGACUUUUUACAGCUUGAAUUUAAAAUUGAUUAAAUUAAUAUUUGUUGUCACUUGCUUUUCACAUAAUACCCCUUAAUGUCAAAGUGACAUUUUAUAUUUAGAAAUGUAUACAAAUUAAUUAAAAAUGAAAAGCUGAAAUGUCUUGAGUCAGUAAGUAUUCAACCCCUUUGUUAGGGCAAGCCUAAAUAAGUUCAGGAGUAAACAUUUUCUUAAGUUGCAUGGACUGUGUGCAAUAAGUGUUUAACAUUAUUUUUUUUAAUGACUACCUCAUCUCUGUACCCCAGAGAUACAGUUUUGUGUGGGGUACAGUCGAGCAGUGAAUUUCAAAAACAGAUUAAACAACAGACCAGGGAGGUUUUCUAAUGCCUUGCAGAGAAGGGCACCUAUUGGUAGAUGGGUAAAACAAAGCAGACAUUGAAUAUUAUUUUGAGCCUGGUAUUAAUUCCACUUUGGAUGGUGUACCAAUACACCCGAGUCACAACAAAGAUACAGGCGUCCUUCCUGACUUAGUUGCCGCAGAGGAAGGAAACCGCUCAGGGAUUUCACCAUUUCACCAUGAGGCCAAUGGUGACUUUAAAAUGGCUGUGAUAAGAGAGAACUGAAGAUGGAUCAACAACAUUGUAGUUAUUCCACAAUACUAACCUAAUUGACAGUGGGAUAAAAAGGAAGCCUGUACAGAUAAACAAUGUUCCAAAACAUGCAUCCUGUUUGUAACAAGGCACUAAAGUAAGUGCUUACCAAGAAGCCAGUGAAUGUUCCUGAGUGGCCGAGUUAUAGUUUUGACUUAAAUGUACAUGAAAAUCAAUACCAAGACCUGAAAAUGGUUGUCUAGCAAUGAUCAACAACCAAUCUGACAGUUUAUUAUUUUCAAAAUCCUGUAAUGUGCAGAAUCCAGGUGUGGAUAGAGACAUUGAUCAAUGAGAUUACAACCUAUAACCUACCCACUCAAAGUGUUGUGUUAUCACUAUGCUUUCAACCAUCUAAAAGCACAUCCAAAUUCCAAUGGAAAAACUAUGUCUGAUUUUUGGUUUAGUUACCCAAAUGUCUAUCAAUGCGCUUUCAACCAUUUUAAAAGCACAGCAAAGUUGAAAUUGGAACACAACGUCAGAUAUUGUUUAUUUAUACAACAGAGUAAUGUGUUAUCAUGGUGCUUCAUUAAUAGCAGAACUAAAUGACCUGGAUUACAUUAAAAGUACAUGAUGCAAGUGA